GACUAAUGAAAAGGCAUCUGUGUGGUUAACUGUGAGAUAUGAAACCUGCUCAUUUUUAGUCAUGCCAGUGGGCUGGCUGGAGUCAAGGAAUGUGCUCAGUAGUUCUUUGCACCAAGAGACACCAAAGUGAUACCAGCUGAAGUCCAAAAACUGUGAGCAUCAUGUCUAAUAAAGGGAAACGGUCGGAAUGUUUCCUGGGAUUUGUUGCCAUUCUGCUCAUUUAUGUGCAGUUGGUGAAAUCACAAGGACUUGAAUUUUCAGACAUGCUAUUGGAGUUUAGCGACACAGAUGGCUACAAAAGGGAAAAACGAGAUGUGAGCACGGAUAUACUAGAAUACAUUAUAAUCAUAGAGGUGAAUGUGUCACAAGCCAUUUAUUUGGAACAAAUCAGAUCGUUACUGGAGUCCACCAGCGCUAUUCAAAUAGACAAUACCACAGAAAUUGAUAGCAUGAACAUUACAACAGUGUGCAGUUUGAAUGGUACUGAAUAUCAGUGCAGGUGUGAGGAUCAGUAUUUCUGGCCGUGUGAAAAGUGUACACUAUAUGUACCUUGUAAUAACGUCACCAAUUCCUCAUGUGGCUGCAUCAACUCUCUUCCAAAUGAUGGACACUUCUGCCAACCAAUCAGUGAGCUGAAUAACUCUACAUGUCCAUCAGACACCUUCCCAGCUGAUUAUCUGAUUGAGUUUGAGAUGGAGUUACCUUUCCAGUAUGAUUUGUGGAACAGUUUGGAGACAACCAAUUUAACCGAAAUAGAAAUGGACUUCAGUAUCACUGACAUUAACCUCACUACAGUGUGCUCAUGGGAUCGUACUGAAUAUCAGUGCAGUUGUGUGGAAGAGUAUUUUUGGCCAUGUGAAAAGUGUACACUAAAUGGAUCUUGUAAUGUCACCAAUUCCUUGUGUGCUUGCAUCGAUUUACUUCCAUAUGAUGGAAACCUCUGCCAACCAAUAAACGAGCUGCCAAAAAACUCUACAUGCCCAACUGAGCCACCUUCAGUUGAUUAUCUCAUUGAGAUUGAGAUUAGUGCAGUGAAUGUAACGGUUCAGAAUCUACUGAGGAACAUUUUGGAGACAACCAAUUUACCCUUAAUAAAUAGAGACAUCAGUAUCACUGACAUUAACAUCACUACAGUGUGCAGUUUGAAUGGUACUGAAUAUCAAUGCAGCUGUGAGGAUCAGUAUUUCUGGCCGUGUGAAAAGUGUACACAAUAUGGAUCUUGUAAUAACGUCACCAAUUCCUCAUGUGGCUGCAUCAAUGCUCUUCCAAAUGAUGGACACUUCUGCCAACCAAUCAGUGAGCUGAAAAACUCUACAUGCCCAACUGAGCCACCUUCAGUUGAUUAUCUCAUUGAGAUUGAGAUUAGUGCAGUGAAUGUAACAGUUCAGAAUCUACUGAGGAACAUUUUGGAGACAACCAAUUUACCCUUAAUAAAUAGAGGCAUCAGUAUCACUGACAUUAACAUCACUACAGUGUGCAGUUUGAAUGGUACUGAAUAUCAGUGCAGGUGUGAGGAUCAGUAUUUCUGGCCGUGUGAAAAGUGUACACUAUAUGGAUCUUGUAAUAACGUCACCAAUUCCUCAUGUGGCUGCAUCAAUGCUCUUCCAAAUGAUGGACACUUCUGCCAACCAAUCAGUGAGCUGAAAAACUCUACAUGCCCAACUGAGCCACCUUCAGUUGAUUAUCUCAUUGAGAUUGAGAUUAGUGCAGUGAAUGUAACGGUUCAGAAUCUACUGAGGAACAUUUUGGAGACAACCAAUUUACCCUUAAUAAAUAGAGACAUCAGUAUCACUGACAUUAACAUCACUACAGUGUGCAGUUUGAAUGGUACUGAAUAUCAGUGCAGGUGUGAGGAUCAGUAUUUCUGGCCGUGUGAAAAGUGUACACAAUAUGGAUCUUGUAAUAACUUCACCAAUUCCUCAUGUGGCUGCAUCAACACUCUUCCAAAUGAUGGACACUUCUGCCAACCAAUCAGUGAGCUGAAAAACUCUACAUGCCCAACUGAGCCACCUUCAGUUGAUUAUCUCAUUGAGAUUGAGAUUAGUGCAGUGAAUGUAACGGUUCAGAAUCUACUGAGGAACAUUUUGGAGACAACCAAUUUACCCUUAAUAAAUAGAGACAUCAGUAUCACUGACAUUAACAUCACUACAGUGUGCAGUUUGAAUGGUACUGAAUAUCAGUGCAGGUGUGAGGAUCAGUAUUUCUGGCCAUGUGAAAAGUGUACACAAUAUGGAUCUUGUAAUAACUUCACCAAUUCCUCAUGUGGCUGCAUCAAUGCUCUUCCAAAUGAUGGACACUUCUGCCAACCAAUCAGUGAGCUGAAUAACUCUACAUGCUCAGCUGAGCCACCUUCAGCUGAUUAUCUGAUUGAGUUUGAGAUUGAUACAGUGAAUGUAACCAUCCAGAAUCUAAUAAGGACCAUUUUGGGGACAACCAGUUUACCCAUAAUAAAUAAAGACAUCAGUGUCACUGACAUUAACAUCACUACAGUGUGCAGUUUGAAUGGUACUGAAUAUCAGUGCAGGUGUGAGGAUCAGUAUUUCUGGCCGUGUGAAAAGUGUACACUAUAUGGAUCUUGUAAUAACUUCACCAAUUCCUCAUGUGGCUGCAUCAAUGCUCUUCCAAAUGAUGGACACUUCUGCCAACCAAUCAGUGAGCUGAACAUCUCUACAUGCCCAGUUGAGCCAUUCUCAGCUGAUUAUCUGAUUGAGUUUGAGAUUGAUACAGUGAAUGUAACCAUCCAGAAUCUAAUGAGGACCAUUUUGGGGACAACCAAUUUACCCAUAAUAAGUAAAGACAUCAGUGUCACUGACAUUAACAUCACUACAGUGUGCAGUUUGAAUGGUACUGAAUAUCAGUGCAGAUGUGAGGAUCAGUAUUUCUGGCCGUGUGAAAAGUGUACACAAUAUGGAUCUUGUAAUAACGUCACCAAUUCCUCAUGUGGCUGCAUCAACUCUCUUCCAAAUGAUGGACACUUUUGCCAACCAAUCAUUGAGCUGAAUAACACUACAUGUCUAGCUGUAACAGCACCAUCCACAUCAACCUCACCAUCCACACCCACCUCAGCAACCACAUCAACCACACCAUCCACACCCACCUCAACAACCACAUCAACCACACCAUCCACACCCACCUCAACAACCACAUCAACCUCACCAUCCACACCCACCUCACCAUCAACACCCACAUCACCAUCCACAACCACCUCACCAUCAACACCCACAUCACCAUCCACAACCACCUCACCAUCAACACCCACCUCUACAACAACUGUAACCACCAUAAGCAGCACAACUGCAAAGAUCCGAAGUUUAAGCUUCUCACUGACAAUAAGUGAAGUUUUUGUCACUGAACUCACUGACAAAUCCAGUACAAAAUACAAUUCAUACAAAGCAAAAAUAGAGAAUUCAAUUAAUAAAAGCUACAGUACUGUACCUGGAUAUCAGGCCAACUCUGCAACAGUGACUGAGUUCAGACCUGGCAGUGUGAAAACAGACUUCACUAUUCAAGCAACAAGUGCUAACCUUGAUUUGUUGUCAGCAAACCAAAACCUUGCUAGUAGUCUCCGUUCCCAGGGAUUUAAUGUGAGCGAUAAUGCACUCAGUUACAGUGUAAAAGAUGGACUAUAUCAAAGCAGUGGCAAUAUAUAUCCUGGGACAAAUCUCAAACUGACCUGCAAUUCACCAGUGCUUACUGGCAUAAAAUGGACCCUGAAUGGGGCUCCAUUACCCGAAUCAAGUAAUAUCCUUCUACUUAAUAAUGCCACUCCCAGUGACAGUGGUGAAUAUGCCUGCACAACAAUAGUAAACUCUCUGCCCUAUGUUAUCUGGCAAAUCAUUACAAUUCAGCCAUACCCCAACAUUCAAGUGAGCAGUGACAAAACCAUACAAUGUAAGGAUACAACAAUUCCACUGCAGUGUUGUGUUCAGGUGGUGUAUCAAGUGGAAUGGAGCUCAUCUCUCACAGCUUGCAGCUCAACUUCAACAGACCCAACGACAGGUUGCAUAUAUUGUAACUGUACAAUCCAUCAACAGCAGUGCCUGACUAAUGACCAAAAAAUACAAGUCUCAUGCCAACUCAAAACUCCCAUCAGUGAAAGCGCAAGUCAAUCUUACAACUCAAAGAGCAUCACACUAAAUGUAAUAAAUGGACAAUUUGACUGCUCUGAUUCUGUAUUUGGAGCUGGAUAUCUAGGAGACGUACAGACAGCAGACUGUGGUAAAAACAUGGCUGGCUAUCAAGUAGCUGAGUGUAAUGCAUCAAACCUCUGGAACCCCAUAGAAAACUACUGUGUCCUGCAAAUCUUUGCCAUUUUAAAGGAAGAAGCUAAGACAGUACCAUUGGCAAACAUCACACAGUUUAUCUUCAACAUCAGCAGUAAUGCUACAUCAGCGAUUGAAAACAUCAUUGACUCUCCAGCUACCAUAUUAACAAUUGUAGAUAUACUGAAAACCAUUUCCAGUCGCUGUCAAGUGAUUUCAAUUGAUCAACCCAUUAUGAGAGAUUUCCUAAAAACAACGGAUGUCAUUGGAUCAGAAGGUGCACAAGAUACGUGGGUGUUUUUAAACAAGAACAGUACAACAAUGAAUGCCAGUUCUGUGCUUUUGAACUCAACUGAGAGCAUUGCACGCAGACUUUCAGUUGAAAACGCCUCGAUAACAACAAACUUCUCUUCUAUCAAUAAACAGCUACUUUCUACCCCCUUUUCUGAAACAUUUGGAAAAAAUUCAACUACCCAAAUAUAUAUUCCAGAGACUACUGCAAAGACAUCUCUUACAGUUAUAAUAUCUCCAGCUUUUAACACCAUGUUACCUGUUCGAACACUGACCUACAAUGACAGCAAUCAGACCAAGCUAAAUGGAGAUAUAGCUAUGAUUGAGACAAACUCGACAAUUAACAACAUCUCCCUCUCUUUUGAUGUCAUAAAUAAUAAACUGGGGAAACCUCAGUGUGUCUUUUGGAACUUUAGUCUUCUGAAUGGUGUUGGUGCAUGGGACUCAACUGGAUGUCAGUUAAAGCUAUUAGGGAAUGAAAGUGAAAAAUAUACAUGUGAGUGCAAUCACACAACCUCUUUUUCAAUCUUGAUGUCACCAUUUACCCCGGAUAAAAUCCAAGCCAUAAUCUUAGACUAUAUAACUUACAUCGGGGUUGCCAUUUCAAUGGCCAGCUUGGUUUUGUGCCUCAUCAUUGAAAUCAUUAUAUGGAAAUCGGUGACACGAAAUGACACAUCCUACAUGCGCCAUGUCUCCAUAGUCAACAUCGCUGUCUCCCUUCUGAUUGCAAACAUAUGCUUCAUCAUUGGAGCAGCUGUUGUUAAACAAUUGGGUCCCUGCAGUACAGCAACCUUCUUCAUGCACUUCUUUUAUCUUGCCCUUUUCUUCUGGAUGUUGCUGUCAGCACUCUUGCUCCUCUACCGCACCCUCAUGGUCUUUUCCAGAAUGACCAGAGGAGCAAUGAUGGGCAUAGGCUUCACUGUCGGCUAUGGAGCCCCAUUAAUCAUUGCUGUCAUUACUGUGGCAUCUACAGCUGGAAACAAAGGAUACAUUCAACAAGAUUACAAUUGUUGGCUGAACUGGAGUAAAACGAAGGCCCUCCUGGCAUUUGUAAUUCCUGCUCUGACGAUUGUAGCUAUAAACCUCCUGGUGCUUAUUGUGGUUCUGUGUAAGAUGUUGAGAAGAGGAGUUAAUGCUUCUACUCAACCAGAUGAGAAACAUCCCCUAGUGGUCAUUGCUAGAUGUGUGGCCAUUUUAACACCUCUGUUUGGUCUAACGUGGGGAUUCGGCAUUGGGACCAUGGUGUCAUCGAACUUUGGGAUUCAUGUGGUGUUCGCAUUCCUUAAUUCACUGCAGGGUUUCUUUAUUUUGGUGUUUGGAACAUUAAUGGAUAGUAAGGUCCGAGAAGCAUUAACAGGAAGGUUUUCACUGAAGAGCUUAAGUUCUGGCCAGACCAGGAGUACGAGUGCAGGACCAACAUCCUCAAGUGGAUUUCCUUUCUUUCAAAGAAGGCAGAGAAAUGGAUACAAUGUAUCAAGCAAUAUGGCUUCAAGCAACUCAGAUACAUCUUAUUGACAACGAAACUAAAACACCCUUGUUAUAGGGGUCCAUUUAACUGCAAACUUCAAACAUUAUACAAUAAUCUGGACCUCUGCCUCAAACAAGUUUAGUCCAUCUUGUUCCUGUUUCAGAAAUGUAUUCUGUUUUAAAAUUCUAUUUCAUCAAGUUCAUCAACUGGUUAGAAAGAUAUUUUAUAUAUAAAUUUUAUAAACUUAAAAGUAAAUAAAAACCCCCAAACAUACCAAAACAUACAGUUUUCCAUAUAUAUAAAAAUAUUAUCAAAAGGUUUUUAAUUUUGAACCAAAAAAUGAUUAGAUAUUUUAUUCCUUAUUUGCAAAAAUAUAUGUUUGGUAUCCAGGCCACUGUUCCUAUACUAACUGCUUUGUCAUUAAUUCAUAUCUUAAAUACAUUCUAUUGACUGCUAUUUACCUUGAUUCAUCUCAUAAUUCUAUUUGAUAUAUAAUUAUGCUCUUUUCAUUUCUUAUUAGUCUAUUUGAUACUGAGGUCCUGAACAAGGUCGCCUGUUUUCUAUAUAACAUCUAAUUAACAGGCUGGUCCUAUACAGGUAUAUGCAAUAUGUUAAUGUUAAAUUUUAAUGUGUCAGUAAGGGAAACAACUGUUGUUGCUAAAAAAGUGAUUAGAGUAACUUGCCAGCAUUAUGUGCCUUUUUACACGCAAUUUGUUUUAUUACCUACUGUCAUGGCCACCUCUGGGGACACUCCAUCAUCUCACCUGGACUUCUACAACCAAAGCAUCAUUUUUUUUUUUGUUUUAACUUUUGUGUCUUGGAUGACAUUUUGGUUGCUUUCUUCAAACUUGGACCCUUUGUCUUUAAUAACAUGUCAAGUUUGGAUUUGGGCCUGGAUUUUGUUGCUGACUCAAAUAAAUACAUCUCAACAAAUAAUGUAUUAUAUACAUGUAUUAGAUAAUUAUUAUUUACAUUCGGUUUAACCCUGUAAGACCCAAAUAUAGAAAAAAAUGAGCAAAAUUUUUUUGACCUCUCAGAUAUUGUUUUAGGAGGCCUGUGAUGUAGAAAUUAAAGAUUUUUCAAGCUUUUUACAUUUGAGUAAGUUUUUAGGGAACUGUUGUAAUAUUGCAAUGUUGGGCCUAGUUGGGAGCAGAAUUUCUGUAUUUGUACUCACUUUGUCUGAACAGAUAUACAGAACAUUCAAGCAUU